AUAAUAAAAAAAAUGACGGAAACGUGUUUUCCAUGUUAAGUGUUUGAAAAGAGUUGUGCUAUUAUUAGCUUUUAAUAAUAUGAAGCGCGGCCGGGCAGCAAUCUUUUGCGUCAGAGAGUGCUAGCGCCGCACACUGCAUGUCAAUUCCAGUAGAGGGUACAUGUGCUACUUGCAUCUUGUGCUCAGUCCUGGAAGCCAGGUUUAUGGAUGCGCUGCGAGUGGGUUUACUACGUUAUUACGGCUUCUUCUGCAGCUCAUCUAAUUGAUUCGCAGAAUUAUUUCUACAAGGAAGCCGGGCUGUCUUUGUAAGCAUCGUGUUAAGAGACACAACAGCGAAGACGAAAGCCAACAAUAAGAACAAAAAUAACCCCAGAAAACUCCCUGGAGCUGCCUGUCCUGUUUCAAACCAGCCAGCAAACCGCCACAUCAUCCCCGCAUCGCUUGUUGCUGUAGGUUUAGGAUCUGGUCGACUGUCCCAAAUGCCUAAGAACAGCAAAGUGACGCAGCGCGAGCACAGCAAUGAGCACGUCACUGAGUCCGUGGCUGACCUCCUGGCCCUUGAGGAGCCCCUGGAUUACAAGAGCAGCGUGCUGAACGUGGGGGGCAUGCCGCCAUCUCCGCGCAAGAACAAGGCCGUGGAGGAGCCCCAGGACCCGGGGGAGGAGCGGCCAGCCUGGAACAGCAAGCUCCAGUACAUCCUGGCCCAGGUGGGCUUCUCUGUGGGGCUCGGCAACGUGUGGCGAUUCCCCUACCUGUGUCAGAAGAACGGAGGAGGCGCCUAUCUGAUCCCGUAUUUCAUCCUGCUCAUCAUCAUCGGGAUCCCGCUCUUCUUCCUGGAGCUGGCGGUGGGGCAGAGGAUCCGGCGGGGCAGCAUCGGGGUGUGGAACUACGUGUGCCCACGGCUUGGGGGCAUCGGCUUCUCCAGCUGCAUGGUGUGCUUCUUUGUGGGUUUGUAUUACAACGUGAUCAUUGGCUGGAGCAUCUUCUAUUUCUUCAAGUCGUUCCAGUACCCCCUGCCCUGGAGCGAGUGCCCCCUGGUUAAGAAUGGAUCAGUGAGCAUUGUGGAGCCGGAGUGCGACAAGAGUUCGGCCACCACCUACUUCUGGUACCGCGAGGCGCUGGACAUCUCCAACUCCAUCUCGGAGAGCGGCGGCCUCAACUGGAGGAUGACGCUGUGCCUGCUGGCAGCCUGGUUGGUCGUGGGCAUGGCUAUGAUCAAGGGGAUCCAGUCCUCGGGGAAGGUUAUGUAUUUCAGCUCUCUGUUCCCUUAUGUGGUGCUCCUCUGCUUCCUGGUUCGAGGGCUGUUGCUGAGGGGGGCGGUGGACGGCAUUGCCCACAUGUUCACACCCAGGCUGGAGAAGAUGCUGGAGCCGCAGGUGUGGAGGGAGGCAGCCACGCAGGUGUUCUUCGCCCUGGGGCUGGGCUUCGGGGGCGUGAUCGCCUUCUCCAGCUACAACAAGCAGGACAACAACUGCCACUUCGAUGCAGCCCUCGUCUCCAUCAUAAACUUCGUCACCUCCGUGCUGGCCACGCUCGUGGUCUUCGCCGUGCUCGGCUUCAAGGCUAACCUCAUGAACGAGAAGUGUGUCGUGGAGAAUGCUGAGAAGAUCAUGGGCUACCUGAACUCCAAUGUUCUGAGCCAUGACCUCAUCCCCCCGCACGUGAACUUCUCUCACCUGACGGCGCAGGAUUACACCGAGAUGUAUGGCGUGAUCAGGACGGUGCGUGAGGGCAGCUUUUCUGAGCUGGGGCUGGAGCCCUGCCAACUGGAGGACGAGCUCAACAAGGCUGUCCAGGGGACAGGGCUGGCGUUCAUUGCCUUCACAGAAGCCAUGACACACUUCCCUGGCUCCCCCUUCUGGUCGGUGAUGUUCUUCCUGAUGCUCAUUAACCUGGGGCUGGGCAGCAUGAUCGGCACCAUGGAGGGCAUCAUCACACCCAUCGUGGACACCUUCAAAGUGCGCAAGGAAAUCUUCACGGUGUGCUGCUGCACCAUGGCCUUCCUCAUCGGCCUGCUCUUUGUCCAGCGCUCAGGGAACUACUUUGUCACCAUGUUCGACGACUACUCUGCAACGCUGCCCCUCACCAUCGUCGUCAUCCUGGAGAACAUCUCCGUCGCCUGGUUCUAUGGGACAGAGAAGUUCAUGCAGGACUUAACGGAAAUGCUGGGGUUUCGGCCGUCCUGCUUCUAUUUCUACAUGUGGAAGUACGUCUCUCCCCUGUGCCUGGUGGUGCUCAUGUUCACCAGCAUCAUUCAGAUGGGCCUCAGCCCUCCUGGGUACAGCGCCUGGAACGAGGAGACGGCUAGCGAGCGGUUCCUGAGCUACCCCUCCUGGGCGCUGGGGAUGUGCUUCACCCUGAUCACCCUGGCCAUGCUACCAGUGCCUGUGGUCUUCAUCGCCCGCCAGUUCCACCUCCUCUCCGACGGCUCCAACACCCUCUCCGUUUCCUACAAGAAGGGACGCAUGAUGAUGAAGGACAUAUCCAACCUGGAGGACAACGACGAGACCCGCUUCAUCCUCAGCAAGGUGCCCAGCGAAGCCCCUUCCCCUAUGCCGAACCACCGCUCCUACCUGGGGCCCGAGGGCCCCUCGUCCAUGGAGACGACCAACACCAGCCCCAACAGCCGCUACGGGACAGGCUACCUGAUGCCUACCACGCCAGAGUCCGAGCUAUGAUCGUUAGGUUAGCAGGUGGCAUUUCCCUUACCAACAAAACCAGCUGCAGUAUUCUGGACACAGUAACUCGUCAAAGCUGCUCUACAGCCCUUGAUUCUGAAAGACUCCUACCAGAGCAUCUUUUUAAUGAUCUGUCUUAGUUCUCUUAUUCAAGCUCCUGAUUGGUUGAUUCCCGUGAAUAAGGGGGUCGUUAAACACUGGAGCCCUCACUGGGACUAAUCUAGAGUGAAUGAGACACUGCUUCGAUCAUUAAAUAGACCUCUUGCUCUUUUAGAAAAGGGUAUGGUUAUUGCAAGUGUAUUUGGACAGGUGAAUUCAGAUGUUUUCAGAUGUUAGUGUGAGUGUGCCUGUAUCGUAUGUUACUAGUUUUGUAACCUUACCAGUUCAUGUUUUGUUCCCACAGUACGGUGCACGUGGUUUUUUCUCAUGGUAAUCUUGAUUAGUCUUUAAUACAGGUUUUGUCUGGUACGUUCUUCUUUGGGAUUGCUGUGGGAAUCUCUUUUGCAGUAUUACUGUGUCAGAGUGCUGCCGUACAGAGUUACUGUCUCCAGAAUACUGCGCUGUACCACAGUUCACGGGAGACAUGCUGUGGUGUUUUUGUAAGGGUUGGUUUGG